AUGCCCAGAGGCACCAGGAUGAGAUUUGGCUGGAUCAAGGGAUUACUUGUUGCUUUUUCCACGGCUGCAGCCGUGAUGUACCUCGGCUCCAUUAAGCAAGCGGCCCAUAUGCACUCGGACUCUGCCCAGGAGGUCCAUCAUAACGACUCUUUCAGAGGUCAAAACAUGCUCCAGAGGAUGGAGAAGAUGGAGUCAGAUCUCAGUAAGCUGCUAACACUGAUGGAAAAGCUCCAAAACCAAGACACACCAGCAGCACACAAGGAUCCAGAGGUCAAGAAGGAGCCAAAGGUCAUGAGGAAGCUCUACCCAAACUCGCCGCUGUUUAGUAAGUGGGGCAGCGAGCUGUCAGAGGAGGAGCAGAAAGAAGCUGAAAGUGCCUUUCAAAGAUAUGGCUACAACGCUUUCCUGAGUGAGAGGCUGCCCCUGAACAGAGAGAUCCCCGACACCAGGAGCCCCAGGUGUGUUGAGAAAAAGUACCCAGAUGACCUUCCUUCAAUCAGUGUUGUGUUAAUUUACCUGGAUGAAGCACUUUCCAUCAUCAAAAGGGCCAUCCGCAGCAUCAUAGACAAGACACCCGCUAAGCUGCUGACAGAAAUCAUACUGGUGGACGAUCACAGCACAAACGAAGAUUUAAAGGAGAAACUGGAUGAAUACAUCCUCUCCAUCCAUGAGGAGCGUCCAAACCUGGUGAAGAAAGUCCAGCAUUCUGAGCAGCUCGGCCUCACCCAGGCCAGACUGUCGGGCUGGAAGGCUGCCAUGGGCGAUGUCGUUGCAAUCUUAGACGCUCACAUUGAAGUCCACAUCCAAUGGGCAGAGCCGCUGUUGGCUCGCAUCAAAGAGGACCGCACAUUGAUUUUAACGCCAGUGUUUGACAGAGUUAAUUUCGACGACUUGACGGUGACACCAUAUGUGCCUGCAGCAGAUGCAUUUGACUGGGCUCUCUGGUGCAUGUACGAGUCAUUCAGGCCCGAGUGGUACGCUCUGAAAGAUGAGUCGAUGCCUGCCAAGAGCCCCUCCAUCAUGGGGAUACUUGUAGCUGAUCGCAAAUUCUUUGGAGAGAUUGGAAGCCUUGAUGGUGGAAUGAAGAUUUAUGGUGGGGAAAAUGUGGAGCUCGGAAUUCGGGUAUGGCUGUGUGGAGGCAGCAUAGAGGUCAUUCCGUGCUCCAAAAUUGCCCAUAUUGAGCGGCACACCAAACCUUACCUGCCAGACCUGAGUGCAAUGAUGAAACGUAAUGCACUGCGGGUGGCAGAGGUGUGGAUGGAUGAAUAUAAGCGCAAUGUCUACAUUGCAUGGGGCCUACCUUUCAAGAAUCACGGUAUAGACAUCGGGGAUGUUUCUGAAAGGAAGAAGCUCAGAGAAAAGCUCAAAUGUAAGCCCUUCCAGUGGUAUCUGGAUAACGUUUACCCCUUGUUGGAGCCGCUGAAAGACCUGCAAGGUUAUGGCGCGAUGAUAAACGACUUGAAACCUGAACUUUGUAUUGAUCAAGGCCCAGUGCCGGGCAACACACCCAUUCUGUAUGGCUGCCACUUCUACGGCCCACAGCAAUGUUAUUACCGCACUGAUGGACAAAUGUACAUUGGUGGAAUCAAAUCUCACAAGUACAACAGCAACCGCUGUCUGACCGACCCCGGUAGAGGCAACACACCGGGACUGUACGAGUGCAAAGCGGCCAAACAGAAGAAGUACCACAUACUUUGGGAUUUUAAACAAGGAGGCGCUGUUCAGAACAAAGACACAAAGAGAUGUCUGGAAAUCGCCAUGGCUGCUAACGGCUAUUACGAACUUGUUAUUCAGCAAUGCACCAAUCAAAGCUGGAAGAUACAACAUGUCAUAAAAGCCUUCUGAAAGCACAAAACUGGAGACGAUAACUGAGCCGUA